AUGCGCGUCCAACGUCUUCUGGUCUUACUGGUAAUUGCCAUUCUUGCCUGCUUUUCCAUUGUCCUUCUGAGGAAUUUGGAUUCCUCCAAUACCUCGUUGAAUACGUCACCUUUGCCUUCUCCCCAUAUUCCUUCUCCUCUUUCCCCCCCUCAAUGGCCUCUCCAGCAUUCCGAGGGCCAUGAGGCGUACUUUCCAGAAAAUGAACAUCCUAUGUCCGCUUUGAUCCACGAUGCUGGGCAGAAAUUCAAUCACCUGCGAUCACGGCAGUCGCAAAAGCUGGCCGACGCCGUACAGGAGUAUCGUCGUCGUUACAACAUGCAUCCUCCGCCAAAUUUUGACAAGUGGUUCCAAUUUGCCCAAGCAAAAGGUGUCCAACUGAUUGACGAGUAUGAUACGAUCUACCAUUCGUUAUUGCCUUUCUGGGCUCUCGAGCCCAAGAAAAUCCGCGAGCGUGCCCAUGAAGCCCUUGGGUAUGACAAUUCUAUGCUCGGGGUCCUGAUUAGAGACGGAAAAGUCAGUCUAGUCGAAGGGGGCACCGAAGAACAGAAAUGGCAGCGAGAAGCCACCGCGGGAAUGUUCAAGAGAUUUGUGAAGCAUCUGCCUGAUAUGGAUCUGGUUUUCAAUGCGCACGAUGAGCCCCGAGUAAUUGUACCUAGUGAAGAUCUGCAAAGGCUGGUCAGCAUAGCCAAAGACCAUGCUAUCCCGAAAGCUUUUCACAACAAAUCACCUAUAAAUGCGUGGUCGGGCAGACCUGCUGGGUUGAAUAAGGGUGACCGCAUUGAUGAAGUGCGCAUCACUCGGUUCAAUCGAUUUGCUCAUCAGCCUACCUGGACCAGCUCUCGAGCUUCCUGUCCGGUGGAUAGCCCAGCGCGUUCACUUGACGAAAACGUACCAGAUAUGGUUGAUGCUUAUGCACGUGGCGAGCUUGGUUAUAUUUACAAUUCCACGGCCUUCUCCGACAUCUGUACCUCGCCAUCCCUACGGCACAAAUUCGGGUUUUUCGAUCGUGCAAAUGCUUUUGAUGUCGUCCGGGACCUCUUCCCAGUCUUUUCGCAGAGCAAAAUAUCGAGUUUCCAAGACAUCCUUUACCCAAGUCCCUGGUACUGGGCUAAACAAGUGCCUUACGUUGAAGAGCGAGAUUACAGCUGGGGCGAUAAACAGGACAAAAUGUACUGGAGAGGGUCCACAACUGGAGGGUUUUCCCGGGCUGGUGGUUGGCGGCGACACCAUCGACAGUUGUUUGUUGGCCGCAUUAACGCCCUGGACAAGGCUAAGAUUCUCCGCAAGAAUGAGAAUGGUCGAUGGGAAUCAAAUGAAGUCAGCCGCAGCUCAUAUCGCGACCUGUUCGAUGUUAAGUUUACGUCUAUAGGCCAGUGUGAUCCAGUUGACUGUGCCGCCCAGAGGGAAUACUUCCAGCUGGGAGACCCAGCAGAUCAGCAAGAUGCCUGGGCGUAUAAAUUUUUGGUGGACAUUGAUGGUAAUGCCUUCAGCGGCCGAUAUCACGCUUUCCUGCAAAGCAAAAGUCUAGUCUGCAAGAUUUCUGUGUUCCGCGAAUGGCACGACGAAUGGAUUAAACCUUGGGUUCAUUACGUUCCGUUGGGUCUAGCUGGUGAUGAGUACCUGGAGACAAUGCGAUACUUUACGUUAGAAGACGAAGGCAAGCUCGCGGCGCCACAAAUAGCCCAACAGAGUCGAGAAUGGGCACAAAAUGCUUUACGAAAUGAUGAUAUGGAGGUCUGGCUUUUUCGGUUAUUGCUAGAGUACGGACGUUUGGUUGACGAUAACAGAGAGAAUCUGGGAUUUAUGGCUUAA